AUGACCUCCAAUCCGAUCCGUAUUCUGCUGAAAUCGCAUCCUCAUCGGUCUAUCGCACUAUGCGCGCCAAAUCACGUUCUAACCUUCCGACACAACCCGUCGGCGUCCCACCAUGCCCCGGCUCCAUCUUUCGCCGCUAACCUCCCUUACAACAACAACAAUUCCGGGUCCAAUUCUAGCUUGAAUGUAUCUUCAGGUGGGACGAAUGGUAAUCAUCAUCAUGGAGUCGGCUCUGCGGCCUGCAUGGUCGACUUCUCGGAGCGCAACGAGGUCGAUUUGUCCGAGUACUAUCCUAUGGGGAGUGCGCUUCCAUGCCGAGGGACGCUGGGAUUAAUAUCGCUGAACGGGGAUGUUUUCCUUUGCGUGGUUACGGGAGCGAGCUUGGUGGCUACCGUCAGGCCUGGAGAGACGGUUUACCGGAUCCACGCAGUAGAAUUUCAUUGCCUAAAUUCCUCCGAGUAUGAUAACAUGUCCUUGGACGAUAUCUAUAGCCAGGAUUUUGAUUACAGUAAUAAGCACGGAGAUGCGGUUUUUGAACAUCCAUGCGCGGCAUUACGCAAGAUGCUGUCGGAGGGUACAUUCUAUUACUCAACUGAUUUUGACUUAACAAAUCGGCUACAGAAUAGAUCCGUAGAUCAUACGUCGACUUCCACUCAUUUUUCGAUCGAUACGUUCAAUGAAUCCUUCCUAUGGAACAUGGCUCUUAUCAAGCCUUUACUUCAAUUCCGAUCCCGGCUGCCCACAUCGGCUCGUUUAGCACUAGAUUCUACUCGGAUACUUACUUCUGCGAUCCGUGGCUAUGUUGAAACAACCACUGUGAAUAGAGGAAUAGUCGCAAUAAAUGCCCAGCAACGGUUCGCAGGGAAAACACAUAUUACAAUCAUUUCUAGGUUGUCAUGUAGGAGAGCAGGCACUCGUUUCAAUUCUCGGGGUAUGGACGAUGAUGGGCACGUUGCAAACUUUGUAGAGACAGAAACGGUGAUAUGGGAUAGCAGGGCGGAGAAUAAUGUGAGGGGUGUCGGGUUUUCGUACACUCAAGUCAGAGGCUCGGUUCCACUAUUCUGGGAGCAGCAGGCUGGAUUACUCCCAGGCCAACAAAAAGUCACGAUCACUCGAAGUCCCGAAGCGACACAACCUUCAUUCGAUCGGCAUAUUGAAGGCAUAUCUGUCAAAUAUGGUGCUAUCCAUAUUGUCAAUCUGCUGUCGGCCCUAAAACCUGCGGAGGCUGAAUUAACGAGGAUGUUUGAUAUUAUGAUUCAACAUUCACCGUACCUCGGCCAAAACGACAAGAACGGAACCGGUGAACUUAUCAAAGCCACAAAGUUUGAUUUCCACGAAGAAACAAGAGCUGGGUACGAGGCAGCCGCCCAGAUCAGACGAUACAUCGAAGACUCUGCGGAUUCAUUUGCAUAUUUCUUAACUGAGGAUGUCGAUCAUGAUAACGAUGAGGGAACUGCGCCACACUCUACGGUUAUCUUACAGCAAGAAGGUGUUUUCAGGACGAAUUGUUUAGACUGUCUAGAUCGUACAAACCUCAUCCAACAGAUAAUAAGUCAGAUGGCGAUUGAACGGUUCCUACGGCAUCGAAAUGAGAAAGCCGUCACCGAACUUUGGUCGAGACAUUCUGUCUUAUGGGCCGAUAAUGGUGAUGCGUUAUCCAGGAUAUAUGCUGGUACCGGUGCUCUGAAAAGCUCGUUCACACGCUCCGGAAAGUCAAGCUUGGGGGGCGUUCUUGCCGAUUUUAGAAAGAGCGCUACGAGGAUCUAUAUCAACAAUUUUGCGGACAAAGGGAGGCAAAAUACAAUUGAUAUGCUACUAGGAAGGCUGGUAGGACAAGACCCGGUUGUGUUAUAUGAUCCGAUCAAUGACUAUGUCAACAAUGAGCUUUCGCGGAGGUCCGACCAAUUUAUGACAACAAAAGUGAUUUCGAUACAUGUUGCAACCAUGAAUCUUGCUGGGAGAACGGAUGGUAUCGACCAAGACUUGUCCUCGUGGUUGUUUCCGCCUCCAUGUUCGCAUUACCAACCUGAGUUGAUUGUCGUCGGGUUUCAAGAGAUUGUGGAGCUUUCUCCGCAGCAGAUAAUGUCAACGGAUCCUGAGAUACGUCAGCUAUGGGAAUCGGCUGUUCUGGAUACCCUGAAUCGAGCAAGCAAGACGACCACGAAAGGGAAAAAAGAAUACAUCUUGCUGAGGGGAGGCCAACUUGUUGGUGCUGCGCUCGGCAUAUACGUUCGGUCUGAUAUAAUCUCACAAAUCAAGAACGUGGAGGGCUCUUUAAAGAAAACUGGUAUGAGUGGACUAUCCGGAAAUAAAGGCGCAGUAGCUAUUAGAUUCGACUAUGGAAAUACGAGAAUCUGUCUCGUCACCGCCCAUUUGGCUGCAGGCUUUGCGAACUACGAUGAGAGAAAUCGCGACUAUCGGACCAUUGCCAAUGGGCUGAGGUUCCAGAGAGGGCGUUCCAUUGAUGACCACGAUGUGGUUAUCUGGCUUGGAGACUUCAACUAUCGAAUUGGAUUGAACAACGAUGAAGUUAAACGGCUAAUAAAGGCAGGAGAUUUGGGCAAGCUAUAUGAGAAUGACCAACUGAAUCUUCAAAUGGUCGCCGGAUUGACGUUUCCAUAUUACUCGGAGGCUAGAUUGACUUUCUUACCUACUUAUAGAUUUGAUAUCGGCUCGGAUGAAUAUGACACUUCGUACGCUUCCCUCUUCAACACUGCUAAUAUCUGGUCAUUAAUAAAAAUCUAUAGAGAAAAACUGCGUAUACCCGCCUGGUGCGAUCGAAUUCUUCGCAAGGGUAGCAACGUCCGCCAGUUGACAUACAACAGUGCACCCCUGAAGUUCUCAGAUCACCGACCCGUAUAUGCAACAUUCGAGGCUACAAUCCAGUUUAUCAAUGAAGAGGUCAAAGAAAAGCUCAGCCAACAGAUCUACGCCAGCCGCCGUGAUUCCGCCAUGAACAAAAACUCAUCAACGCCAAAUCUCCUAGACGAAGACGAAAGCGAAGAGGAUCUAAUCGGAUACGAUCCAAUUGCUCCAGGACUACCCCCUGCAUCAACGGAUAUGCGAAAAUGGUGGCUCGAUCAUGGAGUUCCAGCGAAAAGUACGGUUAGACCGCCGGGUGAUAAUUAUGAAGUGAAUACAGCAAAGAUGAUGGGGAAUCCAUUCGCUGCCACGUCAGAAAAGGAUUGGGUGAAGAAAGAGGCGCCGGCGCCGCCACCUGCUAGAGGAACGACUCCAAAAUUACCAUCAUCGGGGCAGAACAGUGCAUCUCCCACCCCACCGCCGCAGGAGUUUUAUUCCCCACCACCAUCAAUAAGAAGAACAACGACGAGUAGUACCGUUAGUAGCACGAGAGGGCCAAGUUUGAGAAAACUACCACCGCCAUAUGAUCCUUCUGCAUUGCCAACGUUGGGGAAUCAAAUAUUACCCCCGCCGGCGGCACCAUCGUCGGUGAAACAUAGGGAAAUAUUACCUCCACCAUCAGUUUUACACCCUACGAGGAGUAUAACUACGACUUCGGUUGCGACACCUAUAACGCCGCCCUUUAAGGCCACAUCAAGAGCUCAGCCCGUUCCUCCACAAAAACCACUUAGUAGGAGCCCGUCGAUUUCUUCCACAUCGACAACAAGGGUACCGCCUCCGAAGCCUAAGAAACCAAGCAGCCUAGCCGGGUCGACUAUUGAAACUUCGCCCCAGAGUUUUAAGAGUGCGAGAGAUUCUGUUGAUGAUGAGGCUAUUCUUAGUGUUGCGGCGAGAAUUAGGGGGAUGGAGAUUGGAGAAGGUGCGGGUGGCGCCAGUGGCAUGAAGAGGACGGUUUCUAAUCCUGUUGGAGGGGUAGGUCAGAGUGGUGCUAUGGCUGGUGGUGUCAGAAGCGUUUCGGCUGCAAGUCGGAGAAACGGGAACUAUAUGGAAGAUGGAGGGAAAGCGCCGCCGCCACCUUUGCCGCAGAGGCGACAGGCGCCAGGAAAUCUAAUGGAUGAAACUGGAGAAGGGGUUAGUGGGUGGUUACCGUUGACACCUGGGAAGUAA